UGCACCACACUGUCACAGCGUCCACUUCCCGUGCAGACCGAGACUCCUCCCUUCUUCUGCAUGUCCCUCCCUACCCGGUCAGCUCCAGGUCGUCUGCCUGCUUCUGACUUGCUCUUCACCAUUAGACAAGCUUGACAUCAAGACCCCAAUGGCUAACGAAGCUAACCCUUGCCCAUGUGACAUUGGUCACAAGCUAGAGUAUGGUGGCAUGGGUCGUGAAGUUCAGGUUGAGCACAUCAAGGCAUACGUCACCCGGCCCCCUGUGGAUGCAGGCAAAGCCGUGAUUGUCGUCCAGGAUAUAUUUGGCUGGCAGCUGUCCAACACCAGGUAUAUGGCUGACAUGAUUGCCGGAAAUGGAUACACAACUAUUGUCCCAGACUUCUUUGUGGGUCAAGAGCCAUGGGACCCAGCUGGUGACAGGUCCACCUUCUCUGAGUGGCUGAAAUCAAGGGAUGCCAGAAAAGUCAAUCGAGAGGUUGAUGCUGUCUUGAGGUAUCUGAGACAACAGUGUCAUGCCCAGAAGAUUGGAAUUGUGGGCUUCUGCUGGGGGGGUGCUGUGGUGCACCAAGUGAUGAUGACAUUCCCGGACAUCAGGGCGGGGGUGUCUGUCUAUGGUAUCAUCAGAGAUUCUGAAGAUGUUUAUAAUUUGAAGAACCCAACGCUGUUCAUUUUUGCAGAAAACGAUGCUGUGAUUCCCCUUGAGCAGGUUUCUACACUGACCCAGAAGCUUAAAGAACACUGCAUAGUUAAUUACCAAGUUAAAACAUUUUCUGGGCAAACUCAUGGCUUUGUGCAUCGGAAGAGAGAAGACUGCUCCCCUGCUGAUAAGCCCUACAUUGAGGAGGCGAGGAGGAAUCUCAUCGAAUGGCUAAACAAGUAUAUCUAACAGCACUCAAGCACAAGACAGCUGUUACCCAAAUUUGCCUGAAUAAUUAACCACCAUCUCUAAUAGCCUAACUAAUUAUUAGGGGAAUCUGGGGCAAUUCAGGGACCAGCUAGAUUCUCAGAUACGGCCUUACAUUAGUAACUGAAGUGUUAAAAUGUACAAAACCAGGAAGAUCAUGAGUUGUCACUAUGUAUAUUCAACCUCCUCUGGUGAGCAGUGUUGAUAUCAGUUCUUACAGAUCUAACUAUUCAACCUAAUAAAGUGGUUUUCAAAACGUG